GAGUACUAAAGAAUGGCCGAGCUGUAUAAAUAGGCACCUAGACCAUUCCAUCCUCCUCGCCCAAAGAAAUUCAGUUCAUAGUGAUUUAGCCAUGGCGACCAAGCUUACAGCAAUAGCCUUUUUCUUGUUUGUCCUGGCCUUAGGCGAGUCCAAUGACAAGGAAGUGAAUGGUUUUGGUGAGAGUGCUUAUGCAGUACAUUGGGACAAGGAUUCUCCACCUUCUCAAGAAAAAGGUUUUGGUGCAAGUGCUUAUAAGGUAUCUUGGAAUCCAGACGAUGCAUCAUCUGAAGAAAAAGGUUUUGGUGCAAGUGCUUAUAAGGUAUCUUGGAACUCAUAUGAUGCACCUCCUGAAGAAAAAGGUUUUGGUGCAAGUGCUUAUAAGGUAUCUUGGAACUCAGAUGAUGCACCUUCUAAAGGAAAAGGUUUUGGUGCAAGUGCUUAUAAGGUAUCUUGGAACUCAGAUGAUGCACGUUCCAAAGAAAAAGGUUUUGGUGCAAGUGCUUAUAAGGUAUCUUGGAACUCAGAUAAUGCACCUUCUGCCUCUUCUCCUAAAGCACCAGCAAAACGCCAGCAGAUAAAAUUCCAAACCGGCAUGUUGUUCCUGAAGAAGAAUCUGCAUGUUGGCACGAUACUGCCUGAAGGAACCAUGUUUGCACGAGCUGACGCACCAAAGUCUGUGAAUUUUGUCUCUACUCCAUUGGAGUCAAAGUAUUUGACAACCAUCCUUUCGCAUUUCAUGAUACCUCGUGGCUCGACGAAGGCAAAGCAGGUAGCUGACACCCUUCGUUCAUGCGGCAAACCGGUUGACAAGGAGGAGCCACACAUGUGCUUCUCAUCUCGCGAAGCAAUGUCAAGGUUCGCCACCAAAGAAAUAGGAGUCAGCAGCGCACGAGCAGCCAUUACAAGGAUUCAUGGGAAUGAGACACCCAACUCCAUGUACGUUGUGGAACAGAUCACCCAACUCAACAAUAACGUGGUGCCAUGUCAUCCUAUGGAUUUUCCGUAUGAGGUCUUUUAUUGCCAUCGGCCGAAAGAGGUUCAGUCUUUGAGGGUGCAACUCAAGGGUUUGAAAGAUGGCAUGCCGCACGUGACGGCAAUAGCCAUGUGUCACAUGAACACAUCUGACUGGGACACACAGUACUUUGAGCUAUUAGACGGAAAGCAUGGCGAACCAAUUUGCCACUACAUGCCUACCAAUUACAUCAUGUUCUAUUAGAUAUAUUUCAAGUUUCUGUUGUACUAUGUAAUCUUGUUAUUAUAUCAAUAAAGCGUACCGAAUGGCCGGACUUCUGUUAAAAAAUGCUUAAUCACCACC